AGGGCCCUACAUUAUUCGGUUCGACAUCUACUUUUAUUUUGUGUAUCUCGGCUCCUGUGCUAGAGCUAGAGCAGCCAGACGAGCUGAAGCGCCGAAAGAUCAAAAGAAACCUUGUACGUAUUUCAGGUUUAUUGUAUGUGUAUCGUGGUGAGUGAACUCCUUGAGUUCUUGCAGCACCUAUCGGCAAUAGCUGGCAUGCUAGCCAAACAUGAGAACUAUUUGUUCUCAAUCUCGGUAUAGUUUGGUGAGAUGAUAAUCUUCUUAUUGAGUCACACAAAACUCGAAAAUUUGCUUUAUGGAGUUUGUCAGGCAAUUCUCACUCUACUAUAUGAAUCCUCACUUGGUUCUGGUUGCUCCACAGAAAGAACAAGAAGCGUGAUUGGUUUUUGGUUCUUUCAACCCAGAUUUUGAUCCGUGGCUUUUGGAGGCCUUUGAAGCCAGUAAAGCUAGAUAAAGCGACAUCUGAACCUGUGAAGUCACUAGUCCUUGUCUUCGCAGUAAAAUCGUCAAAAACAAAAGCCCUAGGCACUUCUGGAUCACUUAAGCCGUAGCGUUGGCAAUGGCGAUGGCCUCGAUGAAGAUACAAAGUCAAAGUAUGUAUAGAAGAAGCGCAAAGCGCUACCGGCGAUCAUGUAGCUGUCUUGAUGGCUUCGCUUGCGAAGGUGAUUGAAUAUGAUAAUUCAUCUAAAACUAAAAGUAAAAACACUUGUAGUAGUUGACACGAAAGAGACCUGUGUUGUCCUCGGUGAAGAGAAACGCCAACAGCUUGCUGAAGUCACCAGUGUCUAUUGCGUAACACACAUCUUCAACACAGCCGGAAACUGCGUAGACGAGGCUUGUUUCUCUUAGUACUAGUAGCGUAAGAACCAUUACCAUGUGGGACGUGCACAAGUUUGGGGGGACCUCGGUCCAAGAUGCACCCUGUAUGUUAAGCGUGGUGGAUAUUUUGAGAGCACAACGACGGGACAACGUCAGGGAUGUUGACGAAGACGACCUCAAUCCUGCUGGGCACGGUGGAGAUUCAUCUUCUACUCCACCUGGCGGGCAACUACCCCAGCCUGCAAAUGAUCCACCUCGGCUGUGUGUCGUCGUUAGCGCGAUGGGGGGCACGCCCAAAACGACCAACUUAUUGCUCGAGUUAGUGAAGAGGGCCAGCCGCAAUGAAGCCUAUUCCGAGGUUUUGCAGCAGAUUGAGCAGAAGCACCUGGACUGCCUCUGGGAAUUGUUCGGGACGACUAGUACGAACAACAGUCGGAGGAAUAAGUCAAGUCCGAAAAUGGAGUUUACCCACUCCUACCGCAGCAACAACUCCUCUUCAAGCGCCACGACGGACGCAGGUGACAGCAACAGCGUGGGCGGAGUCUCUUCCGCGAGCCGCGACGUGAAUAUAAACUACCACGAAGAGUGGCGGCGGUAUCGGGAGUUUGUGGAGCAGGAUGCGUUGGCGAAACAAAUCAAGCACGAGCUGAAGGAGAUCGAAACUUUGUUGCAUGCCAUCCAGAUCUUACGCAUGGAGGACAAGAAGAUCCAGGGCCUGAUCGCCGGCUACGGAGAACUCUGGUCCGCUCGCAUCCUUACCAGGCUGCUCCAAAUGCAAGAAGAGGAAGAAGAAGUAGAGAGCUUUGACGGAGGUGCGGCCCUUAAGUCGUUCUCGUCGCACUCGGGGACCGCUGGAGGUGCAGGCAACAGCAGUUUGAUCACGACAUCGACAACUUCCGCCGGCGGUUGCAGUAGUUCAUCUGAGACGUCCAGUAAAAGUGCCUGGCUUUUUGUCGACGCUCGCGAAGUGAUCACGGUCGAUGAUAGCGACCACGUGAUGUGGCCAGAGAGUGAACUGAAGCUUAGGAACAUGUUGGAUCGACACAGAAUAAAGAACCACCGAGAAAGUAGAUCUGGUAAUCCAGCAGCGACUCUGCAUCCACCAAACAUCGUGGUAACCGGUUUUAUCGCUUCUUACGACACGGGGGGUGCGACCACUUUGGGGCGCGACGGCUCGGACUACUCGGCCUCGAUUUUUGCGCGGCUGCUGCAGGCGAACUCGGUGUGCAUCUGGACGGAUGUUUAUGAGAGUGCACAACUCUCCCUCCCCCUCAUUUGUCAUGCAAAAUACCCAAUCCACUUCCCUUUGCCUCUUGUCACUGUGUGCAUGACAAGUUCUGGUCGUAGCCCAAAUAGCACUACACUCCACCAGUGCAAAUUUGUCAUGCAAAACCGGCAUUCUUGCUGAUGCUUGUAUUGCCGUUCAUGCGUGUAAAAAUGAGGGGGAGGGGGAGCUGUGCACUGUCAUAAUGUUUCCGGCGUUUUCAGCGCGGACCCGCGCCGCGUCCCCGACGCGUACGUGCUGCCGGACGUCAGCUACCACGAGGCAACGGAAUUGGCCUACUUCGGGGCCAAGGUGAUCCAUCCGAAAACCAUGCGACCCGCGCAGGAGUCCGGGAUUCCGAUCUUCUUGAAGAACACCUUCCGACCCAGGGAUGACGGUACCCGCAUCUUCCAGACCUCGGCGAAAACUCUCGCAAGACCGGUGUGUGGGUAAGCUCCUGCAGAUCAAGAUUUUUAGUACAACUUGGUUGCGUGGUUUAUAAUUCUGGUAGUUUCGUACUCAUAUAUCUACUUUUGAUUCACAAUCACUAUCACAUUCCAAAGCUUGAACUACACGUAUAAACAGGUUCAACGUCGCAGACGGAAUUUCGCUUCUGAACGUGGAGUGUGCAGGUAUGAUAGAGGUGCCCGAUAUUUUUGCACGCUUGUUCACACGUCUCACCGCCGAUAGCGUCGCUAUUCAACUCAUCAGCCAGGCGGCGACGCAGCAGAGUGUGUGCUUCGGCGUAAAGUCGGUAGAUAGCGCUCAAGCAGUGAAGAGUGUCCAGGCGUGUUUCGCGGAAGAGCUGCGCCGCGGGGAUCUGCAGAGCAUCCAGGUACAACUAUGUGCAUGUGCUUGUUCAUGCAACAGAGCAUGUCCUUUUUAUCUCUUGUUCGCCUAAAAUGAUCAAAAUGUGGACGCCCACUGCGACAUACUGCGCGAAGAUUUUUAAAUUGCUUGAAAAUCUAACCACAUCAUGAUACACACGAAAUUACGACAACCAGGUGACAGAGCCUUGCUCUGUGGUGGCUGCCGUAGGAGAUGGCAUGCGGAUGCGGCGCGGCAUCGCCGGUAAGUUUUUUCACGCUCUGGGCAAGUCGUCCGUCAACGUGCUGGCGAUUGCUCAAGGGAGCAGCGAGCGAAACAUUUCCGCGGUCGUUCCAAGUGAGCACGCUGCGCGUGCCCUGCGUGCGGUCCAUUCCGAGUUUUUGACCAAAAUGAACAUUGGCGUCAUUGUUCUCGAGGCCUCCACCCUGACGUCAUCUACUUCGGGCGGAACGUCUUCAUCGAAUAACAUUUCGACCACCUCGUCCACAAGUUCGUCGGUCAGCAUGGUCAAGAAGUUGGAGGCGGCCCUGGGGCCGAACGCGCAAGAAAACCUUCUCGGUGCGGCGGGACUGCAGCACGCGGAGAGCAAUUCAAUGCUCUGCGAGUUCCGCGUUCUUGGGGCCUUGCGGUAUUUAACUCCGCCCACCGGCGGCAGUGAACCGGAUCUCGAAGCUUUGCAGCGAGAGGACCAUAACAAGGGCCUGGUCACCUGGGCGGCAUCGUCGGAGUAUGCGGAGUUGCAACAGGUUACGCUGCAGAACAGUGCCAAUUUGACAGCUACUAGUGCUCACCGAGAUCAACACCAGACAUCAAAGACGCCGGUGAACAACAAUCGCGGUUCAUCUCCUGGCGCGACCGGAAACAACAGCCAGCACCGCAAUCUCGACCCUGAAAUUUUGAAAAAUGCGUUUGACAUGAACGAGCAGCUCGCGGACCUAGCCGACCGCAUUUCCAUGUUCGCGCACCAGGUGAUCGUGUAUGCAAUGCAAAAGCAACGUACUAGUAUAAAUGGCAUUACAAAUUAGCCCAGCAUAUAUAAAUUAAAUUUGUAAUGCUGAUUUACCUUGAGAAAGAGAUUUGUCAUGCACAAAUGCAAUUGCUAAGAGUACGAUACUUUUGCACAGGAUAUCGUGGUCGACACGACGAUUGCGAACGACUUCACAGCCACGCUGCACCCGCAGUUGCUCCGCCACAAUUUUCACGUCGUCUCGAUGAACGCAAGGAGUUUGGGUGGCGCUCCCACUUUGUACCGGGAAAUUCUGCACGCCAACACCCGGUUCCUGGACGAGGGCGCCGCGAAGACCACGUCGCACCUCCGCCGGAAGCUCUCCGCCGCGGCGCUGCGCAAGGAGAAACUGCACCAGCUGGAGCAAAGCGGAAGUUUGGAGGAGCAGACGAAAGUGAAUUCCUACAAAAACUUAUUGAGAGGAAAAAUCCCCCCUCCCCAUAUUGAAAAGGCAAGUUUAGAAAAAUUUGCGUUGCGGAUUUGAGGUCACAAAUCACAUCUGUCUUGCAAGAAGACAAGGGCAGAAGCUUCCGCCCCAUUAUGGAAGCGAUUUCUCAUGCUGUUGGGCCUAAAGGGGAAUCGUUUGCCAUGCUGAACAGCUAGACGCAUGCGCCUCUACCUAGCCUGGGGAUCUGGCCGCAAUGCCUCUCUGCAAUACAAAGCUGAUUUGUGGCCCCAAAUCAGCAUCACAAAUUUCCGUUUUGAUAUGGGGUGGGGGGAUUUUUCAUUUUGAUAAAACUUGGAGUUCCAGGUGGUCCAGAAGCACAAUCGGGCUCUGGACCAAAUGCAAAGCGGCAGUUCUUUGGAGGAGCAGACGAAAUUACAGCUUGGACGGUCGUUAGAAAUCAUUGUGACGAAUUUCGUGCGAAUUUGUAGGGCGAAGACCCGCGACCGCGACGCGGCCUUGGCAUUGGGGUCGGACUUGGGAUUCUGCGUUGCAAACGCAUCUACGACGCCCCGCUCGUAUUCCGCGGCUUUUUAUUGGUGUCCCGACGAGGAGGGGCAAAGCCAGCAAAAUCUUCCCACGCCGGGCGCCUUCAUCUAUGCCCGAGUUUUGGGCCCAGUGGCUGCACUAAUGCGCCCUACCUGCACUAAUACGCUGCACUAAUGCUGCCCGAGUUUUGGGACGCCGUGGCAGUUUCCAAAACGGCGCCUGUCGCGUCGAAGUCAAAGACUUCCCUCGAUGGUGAGGCACGGGAAACGCAGCAAAUUUCCUUGCGUCCCUCGGAAGGGCAUGGGACCGGGAAAAGGGUGGCCAGGUGAUUGGCCGCCAGACGUUGGCUUUUGGGUUUUUGCUGAAAUUCGCUCGAAAUUCGCACCUGCUCUUUCUAAUGGGGGCCCAAGCUCUAAAGACGAAAGUGAAUUCCUACAAAAACUUGGAGUUCUAUGGAUGUGUCAGAGUUGAAAUCGACAAAGUUGAAAUAGUUUGUGAUGCAUAAAAUGUAGCCCACAAAGUGCCUGUCUUGCAGAGUAGGCAAGUGAGGCAGAUUGUAAGCCUGUUGAGGGGUAGAAACUGAGCUGCUGAAGUAGCAUGACAAAAGCAGUCUUCUGUGCCCAAACAGCAUGACAAAUUGGAUUCCGGUGCUCGGACAAUUUGUCAUGCGCCACUUGAAAACUAGGCGCCAACUGGUACCCGUUUUAUAUAUGCAUCACAAAUUAUUUCAACUCUGACGAUUUCGAUCCUGACAGUUCCAUAAGUUCCAAGUGGUCCAGAAGCACAAUCGGGCCCUGGACCCGAACGCGCCGCCCCCCGUGUCCACUACGUUGUACGCGUACGGGGGAAGUUUAGGCUUAACGCGGGUCCUAUGCAUUGCAAAACUAUCGUACUAGUAGAAAUAGCAUUUACAAAUUUUUCCAGAAGGAAAAGUGAAAUUUGUGAUGCUGAAUUAGCUAAGACGCCAAAUCUGCCAUGCUGUACUGCAAUUACUACGAGUACGAUACUUUUGCACAGGAUAUGUCCCGCUGGAAUCCACACUCGCCCACCUGCAGAACUCCGGCGACCGCAUUGUCCGUGUGGAGGGAAUAUGCAUUGCAAAUAUUUCUGGGUCUGGAAGGUUGAAACUCGUGAUGCCAACUGUGGACUCUAAAAAAAUCUGUAUUGCAUGACUAGCACGAGGCGCCCAGUUUGUGCUACGGGGGAGGGCAUUUGUCAUGCGGGAUAGGCAUCAGGAAAUAUGUAAUGCGGGCUAGAAAUAUGAGAUGCUAGAUCAUGCAUUACAGACAUCCUGAGUCAUGCAAAAUAUGCAUGACAAACCUGGCAACCUUCCAGCCCCAGACAUUUUUGCAUUUGAUAGGGCACGUGUCUGACCCCCGCGUGCUCCUUCAUUUUGAAGGAGAUGACGCGGACGAGCGGCCGGUUGGAGGACGCCUUGCUGAAGGCGGUCGCCGCGGGUCUGCUUACUCCGCCCUCCUCCGGCGGGGGCGCGACUAAGACGCUGACGACGAAUAAUAGCUCCUGCAAUUCCUCGCCGGUCUCCUCCCCGUAUGGAAGCUGCACAACUACUUCCGGCGACAAGAUUGUCGUUGAGCAUCUUCCCUCCAGGGCGUCCCGCUCCCGACUUUUCGUCGAGGAGUUCAUGAAGAACUGCAGCAAAGGCGACGACGAGAAUGUCAUGUCUUCGACGACUUGCUCACCAGGGGGUGGAAUCAACAAGGCCCUACAACUCGGUGGAGGCGCGCAGCAUGCGCAUCAAAAUCUAGUGACGCAGCGAUCCGUCACGUCGGAUGUCGCGGGCUACGGCUCGCCGAACACCUACGCAGAGUGGCGCCAGUACAACCAUGAUCAGUUUUUGAAAACAAAAGACAAUAGUUGCGCGGGCGGGGCAUCGCAACAGGAACAUGAGGACCUUGUGCAACACGCACUUGGAAAUGAAGCAAAAGCAGGUAAAGGCAACGAAACUGCUAAAAACGGAGUAGAAAAAACACCCGUGGAUCAGGUGCAGAGUGGGCAAGAUGGAGGAAAUACUGCAGAUCACAACAAGGAUGUUGACGCCAGCACAGCGAGCACCUUGGUGCAGCAGACACCUUUGCAAGUCGCACAUCCCACACCAUCGACUGCCGACGUGUCCCCGGUGAAUCUUCCAGAAGGUAAAAAUCCGGGUCGGAGUAUGAAGGGAGGUCAAGAAAUCAACACCUCUCCGCACCAGCAGCAGGUCAACGCAUUGGAAAAGGUUUCGGCUUCGACCAUUCAACUCGUCCGCACCUUCGCCGCGGAAUUGAGUGGCGAGGUCGCGGUUUCUCGAUUAGUCACGCUCGCGCGCCGCAUCGGGGCCACGUCCCAAGAGGACGUGAUCUGCGAGCCGUUCCUGCCCGCCCACGGCACGGAUGAACAGAUCGCUGCCGCGGUGUUAAUUCUGGAAGAAAAGAUUCAAAAAGCGAGCGCUUCCAAUUGCUCCUAUCGCUACCUGGCCUCGUUGAAGCGGUCAGGACGGGCGGCCAAGUGCGCGAUUCGCCUAGUUGCGUUCACGAACAACGACGUGAUCAAUGUGGAGCACCUCCAGAGUCCGGUUUCAUCUUUUAGCACCACAGCAGCUGCAAAUAACACGGCGGCGCACGGUGCGACGGUGCAUCAAACUCGGCACCAGCCUGGAGAUCAACAUCUACCUCCAUCUUCCGCGACCAAGAUGGAGCAACGCAGCAUUUCCGAGAGCAAAGUCGGAAGCGCGAACGUACAGGAGCGGGGAAUGCUGGACCACCACGCGAUUUCGUUCUACACAGAGCGCCUCGGCGGCGACUGUCCCGUGACCGUGAGCGCACCUUUGCACAUCAACGUGAACCAGAGUCUGGUGGCGAAUGUGUGCUCCGAACUCCAGCGGCUCGCCGUUGAACUGGGCUCCAUGCAACGCGACGAUCCGACGGAGGAGUAG